GCGGCGCUGGCAGUCACUUGGCGAGCGGCGCUGCCCGGGCUGUGCGUGCGAGCCGGGAGCUGCGGCCAGAGCGGCGGCGGCUGCGUUUUCCUGCGCCCGGCAUCUAACUUGGGAACUGUCCACCAGCGUGAGCUCCUGAACAUGAACCGCCUCUCUCUCUACCUGCUCGGAUUGCUCCUCAGUAGCGGGCAAGCUCUUCUUCAAGUGACAAUUUCACUUAGCAAAGUAGAGCUUAGUGUGGGCGAAUCCAAAUUCUUCACAUGCACAGCGAUUGGUGAGCCAGACAGUAUAGACUGGUACAAUCCACAAGGAGAGAAGAUUGCAUCUAGUCAAAGAGUGGUCAUUCAAAAAGAAGGUGUUAGAUCACGGCUCACCAUUUACAAUGCAAAUGUAGAAGAUGCUGGGAUAUAUCGGUGUCAAGCAACUGAUACAAAAGGACAGACUCAAGAAGCUACUGUUGUUUUGGAAAUUUAUCAGAAGCUCACUUUCCGAGACAUCAUAACCCCACAAGAAUUUAGACAAGGAGAAGAUGCUGAAGUGGUUUGCCAUGUUACUAGUUCACCUGCACCUGUUGUCAGCUGGUUGUAUCGAAAUGAGGAAGUCACAACUAUUGCUGACAAUCGAUUUGUGAUGUUAUCAAACAACAAUCUCCAAAUUCUUAAUAUCAAUAAAAGUGAUGAAGGAAUAUAUAGAUGUGAAGGAAGAGUGGAAGCUAGAGGAGAAAUCGACUUUCGGGAUAUCACAGUUAUUGUCAACGUUCCUCCAGCAAUUACUUUUCUACAGAAGUCCUUUAAUGCUACAGCAGAUCGGGGAGAGGCAGUUACUUUAUUCUGUAGAGCCACGGGCUCUCCUGAACCUGAAAUCAGCUGGCAUAGGAAUGGCAAACUUAUUGAUGAAAGUGAAAAAUAUAUUUUGAGAGGAAGCAAUACAGAAUUAACAAUCAGAGAUAUAAAAAAUUUUGAUGCAGGUCCUUAUGUUUGUGGAGCAAAAAAUAAAGCUGGAAAUGAUAAAAAGCAGACAUUCCUCCAAGUUUUUGUACAGCCUCAGAUAAUACAUCUUAAAAAUGAAACCACAUUUGAAAAUGGUCAAACAACACUGAUAUGUGAGGCAGAAGGAGAACCUGUCCCAGAAAUUACUUGGAAAAGAGCCAUCGAUGGAAUAACUUUUUCUGAAGGUGACAAGAGCCCAGAUGGCCGUAUAGAAGUCAAAGGGCGGCAUGGAACAUCGUCACUGCAUAUUAAAGAUGUGAAGUUGUCAGAUUCAGGGAGAUAUGACUGUGAAGCUGCAAGUAGAAUUGGUGGGCAUCAAAAGAGCAUGUACCUUGAUAUUGAAUAUGCUCCAACAUUUGUGUCAAAUCAAACCUUGUAUUAUUCUUGGGAAGGCAAUCCUAUCAAUAUAAGUUGUGAAGUACUAUCUAAUCCUGUAGCUUCAGUUCACUGGAGAAGAGGAAAAUUAGUUUUACCUGCAAAAAAUACUACCCAUGUGAAGACUUACAGUGCAGGAAGAAAGCUGAUAUUAGAGAUUGCUCCCACAUCUGACAAUGAUUUUGGGCGAUAUAACUGCACAGCUACUAACAGAAUAGGAACAAGACAUCAGGAAUAUACUCUUGGGCAAGCUGAUGUGCCAUCCAGUCCCUACGGAGUAAGAAUUAUAGAGUUGUCACAGACUAUUGCCAAGGUCUCUUUCAAUAAGCCAGAUUCACAUGGAGGUGUGCCCAUUCAUCAUUACCAAGUGGAUGUGAAAGAAGUUGCUUCAGAAACUUGGAAAGUAGUCCGCUCCCAUGGAGUUCAAACAAUGGUUAUUCUUAGCAAUCUGGAACCGAACACAACCUAUGAAAUCAAGGUUGCAGCUGUAAAUGGAAAAGGACAAGGAGAGUAUAGCAAAAUUGAGAUCUUUCAGACCUUACCCGUUCGUGAGCCAAGCCCUCCAUCAAUUCAUGGACAGCCAGGCAGUGGAAAGAGCUUUAAACUCAGUAUAACUAAACAAGAUGAUGGAGGAGCCCCCAUAUUGGAAUAUAUCGUGAAAUACAGAAGUAAAGAUAAGGAAGACCAGUGGCUAGAGAAAAAAGUACAGGGUAGCAGAGACCACAUAAUCUUAGAGCAUCUGCAGUGGACCAUGGGUUAUGAAGUGCAAAUUACUGCUGCCAAUAGGCUGGGUUAUUCCGAACCAACAUUGUAUGAGUUCAGCAUGCCACCAAAGCCCAACAUUAUUACUGAUACUCUUUUUAAUGGCCUGGGGCUCGGUGCAGUCAUUGGCCUAGGAGUAGCAGCCCUUUUGUUAAUCCUUGUUGUGACUGACGUCAGCUGCUUCUUUGUACGACAAUGUGGAUUGCUAAUGUGCAUCACUAGGAGAAUUUGUGGGAAAAAGAGUGGUUCCAGUGGAAAGAGUAAAGAACUAGAAGAAGGAAAAGCUGCAUACCUGAAAGAUGGAUCAAAAGAGCCAAUAGUGGAAAUGAGAACAGAGGAUGAAAGAAUUACCAAUCAUGAAGAUGGGAGUCCAGUAAAUGAGCCAAAUGAAACAACACCACUCACAGAACCUGAGAAACUGCCCCUAAAAGAAGAAAAUGGGAAAGAAGCUUUAAAUCCAGAAACUAUAGAAAUCAAAGUUUCUAAUGACAUCAUUCAGUCAAAAGAAGAUGAUAGCAAAGCAUAAAAGGAUGACUACAGCUGUCCAAAAAAAGUAUUUGGAUUGGAGUAACCCCGUGACCAAAACUCUACAGCUGACCUUAAUUUCUUGGGCAAUUUAAGCUUGGAAUAGUUAGUACACGUGUACAUAUGAUCAAACAACUUCUGUCUACAGUACCUCUCUAUUUUGUUUUGUUAAUGUUUUAGUAUAUAGUCCUGGAUGACCACAGUCCCUUGGUAUCAAUUUGAAUCUACAGAAAGUACUGUAAUUUGUUAUAUUACAAAGGUGAUCUAUUUAUAAAACCACUUUUACCAAGCUACCCCCAGCCACAGACAAUACAACAAAUAGCUCCAUAUCCUACAAAGCAAGCUAAACACAUGACAGAAAGUGCCAUAUACGCCUGUGUUUGUUUCAAUUGGUAAUAGAGCAAAAGAUUUAGGUGGCCUUUAAAAGGAGAAGGGGAAAAAAUCAAUCUCAGUAUGAAACUUGAGACAGAGGGCUGGCAAAGGUUGAAUAGCCACCGUGGCUGUGUUUUGUCAUUUGACAGAAAAUAGAAAGACUGACUAUUAGAUAGUGACAGACCUGCACAUUGGUUUUAAAAUAUAGUGCAAGGUUAAUAAACACGAUGUACACAUUUAAAACAGAAAUGGUUGAAUAUUUUGCAGGAAAAUAAUGGUCUCGUCUGAACUAUAUGAGUGUUUGAAAGGCAACUAGAUUUUCAGAUAUUCUGUGUUAAUGUUUGGGAGACUGUAUGUGAACUAAAAUGUGGAAACGUUUUUUUGUGUGAAAAGAAAACUGAUUUCUGAUAAUAGCUUUUGGCUUCAAGUGAAAUCUUAAAAUAAACAUGAGCUCAAAUUAGUUGCCUCCAUGUACUUAUAGAUAUAUAUCAUUUCUUCUUUGUUUGAACCACCUAGUCAUGGAAUAAAGUGUUGCAUUUUAGUAUAACAAAGAAAUUGUUCACCCCAAUCCAGUAGCAUGUUGUUAAACAGUUGUCCUUAACACAGCACUUGUUUGUAGCAUAGAAAUAAUAAUUGCAUAUCCUUUAUAUUAUAAAAAAAAUCAAGAAAGGAGGAAAAGAAGAACUUUGACUAAAUGGUUAAGAACAUUAUAAAAUUAUUAAAUUUGCAGUAUCCAAUAGUCUAAAUAUUUUUAAGCUGCGCAGUCUCCAAGACAAUCACUGUUACUUAUGCUGGGUGUGAUAGCUAUAAACUAUUAUGAUCAGAUAAUCUACUUCCUUUGGUGAAAAAUUAAUCAUCCUCUGUUGACAAUUGAUUUUACAUUAUUACCAAUUAGAGGAAUAACAUUCUGUUCCCAGUCCAGCCCUCAGUAUCCAUCAUCUCCUAUAAUAAUCAAGCCCUGACUUUGGAAGAGGCAGACAUAGUCAGCAAAUGACCACUAACUGAAAUAUCUACUCUUCAGGGGCAAGUUGUGGAUCAUCCCAUAGUAGAACUGCUCCCGAAGGUUUAACUCUACUCAGUGGAGUGACACCCACUUAACUCACAUCUAAAUUUGGUUCAUAGCCAUAGUAUGCAACUUCUAAUUGACAUGGGAUCAUCAUGGCCAGGCAGAUGACUUUGUGGUCAACUUGGAUAAAAAAAAAUGUGGGAAAUUACCUGUAUAUUGGGAGAAUGAUUAUUUAGCCUCCCUACUGGUCUCAUCACUAAUGUUUUUAGUGGAGCUCCUGCUGUAGAUGUGUUGAAAUUCAUGGCCUCUGGCUUCCUUUCCUUGGGUUGCUUCUAAAAUGACAUAUUAGUCAAGAAGAAACCAACAAUUUUGCGAUUUUUUUUCUUUAAAAUCCUUCUUGGCCAUCACUUAGGGAACAAUGCACAAUGAGUCAAGAUGUCAGGGCAGAUGGCGGUAUGGUUGGGAAAAUAGGUUAAAACAGACUCAUGAGACAAGAAUGGAGUAGUGGAGGUAGCACUGGAAUAUGGAAGCUGUGAGAGAUGAUCUAUGAUUCUGUUGCACGUCUGUCACUUAUAAUGCUUAGCCAAUGCCUCUGGGUUAAGCUAAGCUGAAGAGGUGGCUCCUCAGAAGCCUGCCUUGUUGCUCCCAUGCACUGAGCAGGUAGCAGCACAAUCAGCCUGCUAAUUUUGUCCUCAGUUUCUUUGUGGAACUGAGUAGUCACUGAAAAUCCUUAGUAAAGUGAAUGGGGCUGGCUCCUAGUCUGUAAUUGACAGAGCCUCUCCCCAUACAGAGUACUUACUUCUCCCACUGGCAAAAAUGCUCAGAGCCAGAGUCCUUUUCAGCUGAAGCCCUUUUUUAUGUGAGUGUGUAACCAACCAGUGUCCUGGACCAUUCAGAUAGCUUGAGGUAAAGGGAGAGGAAACACCAGGUUCGAGCAAUUGUAGGAGAAUAGGCUGUUGGGGCUCAAGCAUCAAGGGCUGGGGCAGGGAGGAAAAUAGUCAUUUAAUCCUCUUGGUGGGACAUCAUCCGUGUAUUCCACCUUCUCUACUGUCACCUUCCCCAACAGUAGUUUCUCCAGGCUCAUCAAGGAAGUAGGAAACUCCAUUCCCUUCAUGUUUCUGCCAUUAGAGUGUCAGAUCCCAUCACUCUUAGUCAUGCUAAGUAAAACCUCACUAUGCAAAUAUUCCGGUGUGAAACCAGUGGGAUGAUUCACGCAAUAAGGGACCUUUGCACUGUAAGCAAAGAUGACAGAAUCCAGGUCAGACUAUAGUUGCAUGCCAAGGGUUAUUUCCCCCUGAAUCUUGUACGUGGCUUCUAUGGCUGCAAAGCCCCAGAUGUUUCCUUGGUCCUUCGUCUGUAGAGACAAAUUUUGCUUGGAUCUGGAUCUAAACUGGGGGGGAGAGAAGUAAGGGGGGAAAAACAAGUGCAAAGGGAUUUGAAAAUCUAAAAGGCCUGUACAGCAUGUUUAUUAUUUCUAUGAUUGUACAACUCUUUAAAAGUGAAAAAAAAAAAACAACCUACAAGUCUAUUUUGUUAUUCAAUAUAUUAAUGGGAGCAAAAGCAUGUCUCAGUACACUACAUUACAAAACUGGUAUUCCCAGAAAUAUUUAUUUUUCCUGAAGUUAUGUCUCUUGCCCGGGAUACUGUGUGAUGGUCUGAGCAUCAGAUGGAGCUAAAUUAGUGAUAGACUAUUCCAAGUGUACUCUUUGAUUUGAAGAUUAAUAGGUUUUCUCUUGCUCUUGUCACUGAUGCCAUGCAGGAGAAAUGCAAAAUUAUAACUGUUUUUUUACAUUAUGAAAGAAUGCGCCAAAAUAUCUCUCUUUGCUAAUGUUUCCAAAUGAGGGACAGCUUGUAGUUUAAAUUGUAAGAUAUGUGUAGAACUGGAAUAACAGCCUUUCUUUGUUUUUCCUUCUUAUUAUAGACUGAAAACAUACCUGUAUAAAUGUCACUUUUACUGUCUGAAAAUAAUUUUAAGUGUUAGUAUGAAAUGUCAGAAGAGUUGACUGAAUAUAACUAUUGGUAAAAGUAACCUGAAUUGUUACACUGCUUUAGUUUGGGGAAGGAGGCCAAGAAGUCACUUAAAUUUUUGACAGUUCUUGGCAGGUUACAUGAAAAAUGGCAAAGACAAUCUCUGUUCAACAACAGAUAAAGAGAAAAAGAGUUAAAACUGCUUGGAUUUUUUUUUUAAGUAGGAGAUUCAUUUUGAUUUACCACAGUAUUUUUAAAAAAAAAUUAUUUGCAAUUAAAUUGUUGCAAUUUAUUCUAAAAAUAUAUGAUGGAGAGUAUUUUUGUUGUCCCUUCCCCCUCACCCCCAGUGAUUUAUUGUUUUUUGUGGGGAGCCAGAAAUAUUUACUAUUUUGUUGAUGCUAAUGCCUGAGUGACAAAGCUUAAUUUAUUUAGGCCCUAACCUUGCAAGCUAUGUUGCAGGGUGGGCAGACCCUCCACCCAUGCAGCACCCCAUUGACUUCGGUAAGGAUGUGCAUAGGCAAAAGGUUCUACUUGCUUGGAACAGUUUGUGAGAUCAGGGCCUUGUUUUUAUCUUCUUCAUAGAUAUGUAGAACUUUAGCAUACAAUGACAGUCAUGUAGACAGGCUGUUUUGACAACAGUUCAUGGCAUAGUAAAUUCAGCUUGACACCUUCAAUCUUUGAACUGAUGUUUAUCUGAAAAGUGGCUUUCUUUUCAUGAUGGUAAUGAAAUUGAUCAAGUCCUUAUUCAUUUAAGUGCCAAUCAUUGAACUGUAGUAUUACAAUCAUGUCAUUUUUUCCAUUUCUUAGAGCAGAUAAUCAAGAUGUAUUUGUGCCUUUGAAUAGCAUGCCACUCUGCUUUAUUUAAAGAAAACAAAAAACAAAAAAAACCCCUUCUUCAAUAAUUUGCCUACUAAUCCUGUUUAGAAGAUGUGAAAUCUUUACAUUGAUAUCGUUUCCUCCUCAGAAAUGUAAAAUGUAUCUAAGUUAAGCUGUCAAUCAUAUUUUUCAAUUCACUUUAAUAUUUAAAACCCUAAGCCUGUAAAAGAUUUGAACAGAUAGCACGUUUGUUCCAAUUUGCGGGAGCCAUUGUUAAAUGUUUUUGCUGUAGGUAGAGAAUGGUGUGUUCAGGAUUUAGGUAGGAAAAGGCAUUGCCUUGUGUGGGGGUACUUGGACCAAAUGCCUCAAGUUGAAGCUUUUUUUGGAGAUUCAUCUAGGGAUCCUCCACACAGUUAUUAGUCCUCCUAUUCUCUCUAAAAUGUUCACAACCACUUUCGGUUUUGAAAGGAACCCUGGAAUCUCUUCCCACUGUUUUACUUUGAGUAAAACCAUUGUGAAAGUUACCUGCAGAAAUAUUCAUGGCUUCACUGUCUCUGUUAUAGCGGUCCCUGGAACUAACUUAUUUAGAGUAUUUGCUAGAGGUAUUGGGUAAAAUUCACUCCUGUGUAGAAAACCACCAUGAGGCCUAAGUACUAUAUAUGCCCACAGACCCAAAUAUUGCAAGUUGACCUGCAGGGAUGUGGAGGGAAAUCCCUGUGUAGAAACCCACUGAGUGAAAUCAUGGCUUUAAAGAAGUUAAUGAUAAAAAUACAAUUGACUUCAGUGGGGGCCAGGAUUUUAUCUAUUGACUUCAAUGGGUUCCACAUGUGCUCAAGGAUCUUCCCACUUGAAUCACCUUGGAGAAUCAGAAGUGACGGUGUGUCUAUACUGCAAUUAAUAACCCCCAUGGCUGGCCUAUGCCAGUUAACUCGGGCUUGCAGGACUUGGAGUAAGGGACUGUUUAAUGGCAGUGUAGAUCAUAGAAUCACAGGACUGGAAGGGACCUCGAGAGGUCAUCUAAUCCAGUUCCUUGCAUUCAUGGCAGGACUAACUAUUAUCUAGACCAAGGUUUUUGUCUAACCUGCUUUUAAAAAUCUCUAAUGAUUGGGAUUCCACAACCUGGGCAGUUUAUUCCAGUGCUUAACCACCCUGAGCGAAAGUUUUUCCUAAUGUCCAACUUAAACAUCCCUUGCUUUAAUUUAAGCCCAUUGCUUCUUGUCCUUGUCAGAGGUUAAGGAGAAUACUUUUUCUCUCUCCUGCUUGUGACAACCUUUUAUGUUCUUAAAAACUGUUGUUAUGUCCCGUCUCAGUCUUCCCUUGUUCGGGCUUGAGCUGGAGUCUGGGCUCUAGGACCCUGGGAAAGGGGAGAGUCCCAGUCAUGUCUACACUGCAAGCUCCUUAGCCUGAGCCCUGUGAGACAGAGUCAACUGGCACAGUCCAGCCACAGGUAUCUGAUUACAGUGUAGACACACCAUUAGGACACACAUGUGGUAUAUCAGCCUUGUACUGCCUCUCUUCACAGGGGAUAUUUUCUUUAUUAGGGUUUAGUACUGAUCUCAGAAUUGCAUCACAAUUUUGUCCCAUACCUUAGCAUAUUUCAAAGUUAGUAAGGAGAUGAAGAAAUGUUUCCCUCUGAAUAACAAAUGGUGAUUACCUAACCUUUGAAUAAAGGUAAAAGAUGUAUUCGGAGGAAGUAGGGGUUAAAACUCAGUUUGGUUUGCUGCAGACAGCGGCAGAGCUUAGUGGAAAACUACCAUGGUUAAGUCAAUAUUUCUGUUUUGUUUUUGUUUUUUAACAGCCCGUUGAAGAAAAAAAAAGUCCCUUCACACUUCACUGCAAUAUUUUUCAAAUAAUAAUAUAAUUUUAAGGAAGCACCUAAUCAAAUUGGUUGCUUUUGGAAAACCACCAAGUUUUAAGGGAUUUGCAGAAUUUCCACCGUACAUGUAAAUGAGCAAUUGAUGCAAGAUUUGAUUUGGGCUUGAUACAAACUGGAGUCUUUCCACUUACUGCAAUGUGUUUUGGAUCAGGCACUUUAAAGAUCAUACUUUAUCAAUGUAUUUUUCCUCUUAAAAGACAUUGUGAGCCCAGUGUUGUUUGACUUUCCAACUUGGAUUGGCCUUUUCUAGCCCAGGAUAAUGAAAUCAAUAUGGUCUGCCAAAUUCAUAUUGACAGAUUUUAAAUCAGAGUUCAGAUUGGAGACAUGGCAGGAGGACCUGAUGCAAUGCAAGAAAGCUGACAAAAAUAAGGAAAGCCAGAAAAGGGAGAACGGGUGUAAAGGAUUGAGCAAUCUAGAAGAGGGGCAGCUGCUAAGAUGGUAGGUUGCAGCUAGAUAAGGUGGUGGCAGAGAAACUGACCUGUUAAACCAGAAGAGGUCUCUGGAGAGGUUAGCCUGAAUUGGGUGUUUUGAACUGUGAACGCUACCAAAGGGAGAACAUUAGCCUAGAUAGACGCUAUAAUUCUACCAUGUAAUUAGGCUAUAUUUAAAAAAUAAAGAAAACUGUGGGUGGGAGUGGGGGAGAAUAAUCCCUCAGAAUGUAUAUAAAUAGGUACAAAAAAUAAAGCAGAACACUUUACUUCUUCAGGAAAUAUUAUUGCUAAUGGUAUAGAGUUCUCACUACAAAUAUGUACAUUAUUUCGACAAGACUUAAAAAAGAUAGCUUUCCUGCUACAAUGAGCACUUGGUAUGUAUUUUGUAUGCUGUGUACAAACUAAGGGAUACCAUAUAUUGUUUUUGUUAUUCCACACGUCGUCAACAGCCCACUUAUGGUAUAUACCACCUGAAUUAUGUAUUAUGCGUUAGCUACCACUGGGGCUAGUUUGUUUAUUGUUUCAAAAUCUUAUUUCCCUCUGAAAUGCUGUAUAUAUAUCUAAACUGUAAAAAUAAUAAUAAUAAUAAUACUGCAAAUGCUGAAGUUUUGUAUUUAUGAAAGACAUAGAAAGUAUGGCUUAAAGUAUAUCAAUUAUUUGUCACUCUUCACCAUUUGUAUAUUAAUAGUAAAGAUACUUUUACUUUCA